AUGCCCUGCCCACCUAUGAAUGGGCAAUCAAAUCAGGGGUUCUCCAUUGACAACAAACGUGCCUCCCAGGACCCUUCAUCAUCGAAAUCACAGAGGGCCGCAAAGAAGAAAAAUGUGUCUAGGAGAGGAUUGGCAUUCACCAAAGAGGAGGACCUGGUGUUGUGUUCUGCAUUUCUAAAUGUUAGCAAAGACCCUAUUACUGGUGUAAAUCAGACAUCAGGUGGUUAUUACAAGAGGUUGCAUGGUUAUUUCAAUGAGCAUAAGCCUGAAGGCUCCAACCGCAGCCAGAUUGCAGUUCAACAUAGGUGGGCAUUGAUUCAGAAAGCGAUGAGCAAGUUCUGUGCGCACAAAGCAGCUAUAGAUGAUGCUGUACAAAUGUAUGAGAAGGUAGAACCUUUUACCAUCAUGCAUUGUUGGAAAAAACUUCGCGAUGAGCCCAAAUGGAACAAUAAGUUUCUUGAGCUGAACAACUCUACAUCACCUGAAGGAAUGUCAUCUCCUCCACCUCAAGGCCAUACUGGGGCUGGCCUUGCAGAAUUUGGCAAUGAAAAUGCAGGCACAGAAUCACGACCUGAGGGUAGGGAUGAUGCGAAGAGGCGUAGGUCAAAGAGCUUCACAGAUACAUCAUCAUCUAGUACGGCUGUUGAAGUCCUCCAGCGGUUGCAGGAGCACUCAGAGAAGACCGAACAGAAGCAAGACCAACAAAUGGCCUCCAUCCUUAGUAGGAAGGAUGAAAAAAUUAAAAUUCAAAGGGAUAUGUUCAAGCUUCAGAAGAAGCAUAUGAAGAUGACUGAGCAGCAGCAAAAGAAGGAAAAUGCGAUUAGGGAGGAGUCUGAGGCUCAACUGAUUUCAGCUGAGUCUGGUAUUAUGUUGAUUGACAUUGAGAAGGUCCCUCCUUAUCUGAAAGACUAUUAUCUAGGCAUGCAGAUGCAAAUCAUGAAGCGUAGAGAGUUCACCAGCCCCUCGGCCCCGAACAACGAAGAUUAA